AUCAUCAUCAUCAUCUUCAUCAUCGUCUGAGUGCAGCUUCUCUCUCAGAAACUGAAGGUUUUCAGGUUGUUGCAGAGUGAUGGCAGGACGCAGGCAGAGAUGGAAGCCUCUGCAGCUGCUGGUCAUCUUCAGCCUCCUCAUCUUCACCAACCACAUCCAGGUGAGAGGAGACGUCCAGGAGAAGCUGAGCCGUGACGUCGGUGCUGAACAUCUCCUCCAAGGAGCGUCUGAAUCCAGCAGACUGAUCCCAGAUCAGCUGCUGCUGCACAAUGACAAGGAUCUUGAUGUCUUCUUGGUUGAUUUCAACAAAGAGAUGAUGGAGGAUUGGUGGCAAAGUGUUUCAGAGAUCUCUGCCAGCGUCAGACAGAAAGUUCUGGUUCUGACAGGCAGCACUGACCCAUCAGAGGGGAAAAUGAGGCAGGAAAACAGCUUAGAUCCUCAGAAACGUGUCCCAGUCAGCCUGAAGUUCCUAAACAAUCAGUCCUGUGUGUCAGAGUUAGACGGCAUCACUGAAGGAGAAAUACUGGUCCAGAACCGACAAUCUGGAUCUGGGGGUUCUGGUUCCCUACCUGAAAAUCUGACCCUGAAACUAGAACCUGAAGCAGCAGCAGAUUUCUCUCUCCAUGGAAACACAACCCUGAAUUCUGGAGGUCACCUCCCCAAAGCUGCUUUGGUCCAUGGUCCAGAAGAACCGAACCAAGAGAAUCCUCCAGUUUAUCAGGUAACCAAUGAGUCUGACCCGGUUUGCAGCUCCAGAACCUCUCAGAGAGCAGAUGAGCCCAUCGUAGAGUUUGACCAGCAGCAGAUCCUGAUGUUAGAAGAUGAUGAGGUGGUGAGAAGAGCUGCAGCUUCUCUUUAUGACAAACAUCCAACAGUUAGUUCAGUUCAGCUUGUUGGUCCCCAGCAGAGGCUUCAAAAGGUCAAAGGUCAAGCCCUGGUUCUGUCAGAACACAGCAGCCUGGUUCUGGUGGGCCAUGGAGCCAGAGACCAUUCAGGAGAGAUGAGAGUAUCAGGCUACAGCUACCAAGAUGUGGCCAGGAUCAUCCAAAGCAUCUCCAGGACCAGUGAGAAGAUCCAGACUACUACAGUUCUGGCCUGUGACGCCGGAUCGGACCGCCGGUUCAGAGAAGCUCUGCUGAAGAAGCUCCAUGAAGCCGGCAUUGAGACGGAGUUACACCUGUGGACCGCUGUGGUCCAGGUCACAGAGACAGGAGAGGUCAUCAGUCAGGACGUCUCUGCAGGUGGAGCCCAGUGGAGAUCUGAAGAUCAGACCAAGAAGGUGGUUCUGACUGUUGGCAGGAAGGGAGAGAUACGGAGGAAGGAGUCGGACCGCACCGGAUACCAGGGAACAUUGGCCAAAAGAAGCAAGAACCUUCAUUGA